UGCCAAUUUAAUGCCAUUGAUUCUCUCUCUUGAGUUUCCAUGUAAGGUUUCAGUGGGUGUGCCCUGCGUCCAGUCUAAAAGAAACACAUUAUUAUUAGUUUAUUAGUUUAUUUUAGUACACCUUUCUCCCACAAUCAAAAAAAAUAAUAUUGUAUUGAUUAACAACUGUAAACUGCUGAAUGCUGUGCACAAAAUAAUAAAAAGAUUUUGUUAAAAAAUAUAUUGGAAAAAUACGUUAUUUAAGCCUAUACUUCUCCUGCACUAAUUCAUUGCAUGAUAAAGCUUCUUUGUGAUAAAGAGACAAUAUUUCACUUGGUCAUACUGAAACAAUUCUAAAUAUACAAAUAUACUCAGAUUUUUUUUGUAGAUUCGAUUAAAACAUAAGAGAAGGGACUGAAUCCUCUGUUGUCUAAAGGGUGCUCUGCAUUAUUUUAACAUAUACAGCACAGGGAAAACUAACAGUAAUACAGAACAGAAGCUGACAUGUACAUGGUUUUUACAAUGAAACUGAGGCAUAGAUUCCAUUGGCACGAGGAUAUCUUUUAAAGUGUAAUUUCACUUUCUUUAAUAAUCCCACAACCCUCCCUCCCCCAUAAUUAUGUUCUAAUGUUUAAAUCAACAAUUUAUUGAGUGAAAAUGUCUCAGUGCAAAUCCAGAGCUCACACAUAUUGACAUACAGGGAAGAAAGGAGAGAGAAGUUUCAGUUUAGGAAUUGUUUGCGCUGCAUUUAAUGAGCAAAGAGCCUUACAAGCGCAAACAGAAGGCAAAUUGAUUUUAAAAAAGUUCCCAGCAUAUUUAUUGCUAAAACUUUCCUUGAGCUCUGAGCAGUAGCAACGGGUUAGGAUUUAUAUCAUAAACUAAAUGCUUGAUAAACUUACACACUGAAUUAAAUUGAUUUGAUUUAAAAUAAAUAUAAGCAAAAAAUACAUGACAAACUUCCAAAAUAAGAAAUGCUGACCUCCCAAGUAUUAAAUACCUGUAAACUCCUGAUAGCUAGGAACUGUAAAAAAAAAAAAAAAAGGAGAUUCCAAAUAUCCACCAAAUACAAGAAGUAACUUAUUACUUAGAAUAUGAAAAAGCAGUGCCAAGAGGUCUGAGAGAGAAAAGAAUAAUACAGGAAGCAUAUAAACUUUGGCUGUCUUAGACCAAAACAUAAAGCCUAUAUUGUCUAGGACUAUCUUUAGUAGUAACUAUCCUGGGAGGUAUAAAAUCUUUUUUUUUUUUUUUUGUGGGUUUUUUGUUGUUGUUAGAUUCAUAGUUAAUGUUAGAUCUUAAUCCUUAGAGAAGUAUAAGAAGAUACAAUGUAUGUAAUUGUUGGAAAAACACAAAGAGAAAAAAAAUAAAUAAAAGCAAAUCGAUUUGUUUAAUACCAGAUUCAUUACUCUAAACGGAGCCCUAUGAAUAACUUGCACCCCUGUACCCCAAGAAAAGAACAAAAAGAAUCAGACACAUAGACAAUCAAACAUUCCCAGUCCAAAUGAUGGUCUCUGAUCAAUAAAAACACAUUCAGCUCUCCAGCAAUACAAUGUGCUGAAUUGUUAAUGGACCAUUGGCUUGCUUGGUCAUAUCAUACAUAAAUAAAAAGGCAUAACCCCUACUAGGCAUUCAAUCACACAUUUAAAUUAAAAGGCUAAACAGAAUAGUUACUUUGUAUUUAUAUAUCUGUUGUAUUAUAUCCAGCAGUACCUCGUCUUGCUUAAUCGUGUUAAAUACACCCACCCACAAACAUAUUCCACUUACAUUUUAUGAGGGCAGUUACUGUCUGAUCGCACCAGUAUUAGUUCAUGCUGUGAAAGUGAACAUUUAAAUAAUGAUACUGAUAAUGUUCUGCACCUAUGCAGGACCCUUUAUUCAUGUCAUACUUCUGGUUUGCUGUUUAUAUCAAGAAGGGAGAGUGUGCAAAUGGCGUUUAGUGCAAAUAAUCACUGCCAGUUGUUGAGCGAUUUAGAGAUGGUGCCACUGCUAGUAACAUGCAAGUGCUGAAAUGCGCCCUGACAGCGGCCACUGCUUUGCCACAAGCUUCCCCCUCUCUCUUUAACAAAAUAUUCCUUGAUGUUGUUUCCUUUGCCUUCAUUAGGAAGGAUAUAGAAAACACGUGUGCGCAGGCAAUUGUUUUAUGUGUAUCACUUAAUCAAUCCGCUAAUUAGAGAAACCAAGAGCGCAAUUGUUCAUUCUUCAUGACUAUAGUUUGGAUCAUUUCUACCAAGUGGAGAUAAAGGAAAGGGGGUAAAAAAAGAAUUCUUACCUGUACAUUUUGAAAUAAUAUUCCUGUGUUUUGGAUCUGGCGAGUUGCAGCUCAAGGGGGGAUAGAGAGUUGAACACAAGUCAGAGCUCCUGUUAUAAACAUCUCUUCUUUUUAAUUCUGCUGAGCUUAUAUAAUUGUAACAGGAUUCUGUACCUUGAAGGCAAUUACCUCCAUACACACACACUGCUAUAUAUUGUGGGGCAAAAAGUAGACGUUUGUGUGGGGUCAUGCAUUAUCUGCUGUUCAGCCAAACCUGUAUAUGCUAGGAAAAUUCAACCUCCACUAUAGGAAUAGUAGCUUUACAACUUAUUCCCCAAAUUGCUGUGCUGAAAAUGCACAAUCCAUGGUUUCCUUUUGUUGCUUGAAAUUGCAUGUGCUUUCCUCUCCCCAUAAAUCGACUAGUGCUAUAAGCUUUGCCCUUUGCUUAGACUUGUAAUAAAACUGUGAACUUUCCCUGCAAGGCAAGCGCCAUUCUAACACAGUCACACUGAAAUCUCUCAAUCCUGAGCACUUACCCUUAAAAUAAAAUCAACACAAACUGAUCUGUGGGGGGGAAAAUUCAUAUGAAGGUAGAAGGGGACUUGUAUAAUCUCCUCUUAGCCAUAGUAAAGGCUCCUGGGCCCUCUAUAUACAGUAUUCAACCAAAAACAGUGCAGCAAACAAGCUGAUCAGUCAGCAAUAAAAUAAAGAAGCCCAAACGAAAUGCAAUGUCUAAACAUGAACAUACACUCAAACACAAGCAAACACUCACAGGCUUCCACAUUUAUAACAACCAAAAUGAUUUAAACAUAUAUGGCUGAACAUGCAGAUUCCCAUGAGCUUAGACAUAACUGUAUGGAUCACAUAUAUUCUGCUUUUUAUACACCAGUCUCUAUAUACAGUGGGUAAUCAUGCAGAUGCAAACAUUCCAUGCACUGGUCUGGAAUGCAAAAUGUUUGCACAUUCACACAUUCUUGAAAAAAAAAUAAAAGAUUUAGUAAAUGAAAUAAUACUACAUCAAAUAUAAGUGAUAACUCUAAUGAAAACAAUCGCCCAUUACGCACAUAUAUAAACACCCCAUCAUAUAUAUCUAUAUUUAUAUACAUGGGUAUAUAUUAAUUCCUUACUUUCACAGGAGUGUCCCACACACACACACAGGCUGUGCAAAUGGUCUUUAUUUUAGUUUAAACUUUUUUUCUUUCUUGUCUUUUUCCCCCUUCCUUUUUGUUGUUUACACUCAAGGGAUUUGCUAGUGUGAUACCAGGGCAAUAAACGACCCCUUUUCGUCUGUUCCCAUUUUUAUGGCUUUAUAACCUCUAUUUGGCUUUGAUGCUCACAGGAAAAAGAUCGUAAAAUCCUUCAGCAUCCGGGUUUCUUUGCCAGCCCUAAAAAAAAAAUAUUGCUUUUUGUAACUCUUACGAAUAGUGACUUUUAGGAAUUCCUUGUAUCUGAGGGGAGACAAAAUCCUUUCUUGCCAACAACUGGGCUGAGUUGUAUAUCUGUGCUCAGUCCCACCAAAUAAACUGUCUGAUAGAAUAAGCUACUUCCAUGUACCUGGUAUUAUUAUAUAGGGGGGAUGUUAUUUACAAUGAGUACAAGGGGCAUCUGACUUUUAUGCAUUCAAUGACCCUGUGAUCCCCUGUGACUUUGAUAUCAGUAUUAGUAUAAUAGCAACAAAAUAGCAAUAAAUGCAUGAAUACAAUUGCAUGGGCUGGUCAGUUUUGAAUCGUGUUAUUAAUGAUUACAUUAUCAAUCCUCCCCAAAACAAAACGUGUUUUAUAGUUAUUAUAGCUAAUGAUAUCAAUAAUUCAUUUAACUGUAUACACCUCCAAAUAAAAAAAUUAAAAAAAAAAACAACAUCAGACCCUGACUGUCACAUUGCUGUUUAUUAGCCCUGAUUAAAGUGGCAAUUGCGAUUGCUGGAUGCAAAUGAGAAAUGAGUUAAUUGCAGGUCCGUGUUUGGAGAUGUUUCGGAUUGAAAAGCAGAGAUUGGGGGUAAGGCAAGUGAAUUUGCGUAACGUUGGGGGUAUUUUUGUCUCACAGCCCCCCGUUAUAUCUGUUCUCUGCUGAUAAUAAAGUGGGGUGCAAUGGCAUGUGUGUGUGGAUAUAAAUAAAUAUAUAUAUAUAGGGUUCUGUUCACAGGUUUAUGUGGGGGUGCCCAGGACUGGGUGCAUAAGUGAAAUCGCUGCUAAAUUGCACAUGAUCUGGCAUGCACAUUCGAUUCGAUCGGCAACUUUACAUUUAAAAAAAAAAAAUGCAGAUUUUUAUUUAAAACUCUUGAGAUUUGACCCCAACACGGAGAAACCCCCCCCCCCACCCCCAGCAAACUAAGUCCCUCUUUCUAAUUGCGAGUCUCACUUUGAGUGUAUCAUAUACUUUCAACUGGGGAAUCAACACAAGCAAAACCAAUUUUUUCCCCUUUCUUGACAUCUCGCCUCCUAUUGGCUCCACGUGGGUCAGCUGACUUUGUCAUUUUGUCUGUCCUGGAUUGGAGCCGUCCCUAUAACAAUCUAGUUCAGACUACAAACUGGAGACAGAAAUAAAUAUUAAAGAAAUCUUCCAGGCAGGUAAAGGAGAAGAUAUGAAUUCCUAUUUCACUAACCCUUCCUUAUCCUGCCAUUUAGCCAGUGGCCAAGAAGUUCUCCCCAAUGUGGCCCUUAAUUCCACAGCCUAUGACCCAGUUAGGCAUUUUUCCACUUAUGGAGCAGCGGUGGCUCAGAAUAGGAUCUACUCGUCUCCAUUCUAUACCCCGCAAGAUAAUGUUGUGUUUGGCUCCAGCCGGGGCCCCUAUGAAUAUGGAUCCAACGCAUUUUACCAGGACAAGGACAUGCUCACUAGCUGCAGGCAGAACUCAAUGGGACACAACACGCAGAGCUCCCUUGCACAGGAUUUUAGCAGUGAACAAAACAGAGGCAAUGGGCAGGAGCAGAAAGGCAGCAUUCAGAUCUACCCAUGGAUGCAGCGCAUGAACUCCCACAGUGUUUGUCUUGUGUCUGAAUCCCUAGGCGUGGGCUACGGGACGGACAGGAGGAGAGGACGCCAGAUCUAUUCCCGUUACCAAACUCUGGAGCUGGAGAAAGAAUUUCACUUCAAUCGCUACCUGACCCGGCGCAGGAGGAUCGAGAUCGCCAAUGCACUUUGUCUCACAGAGCGGCAGAUCAAAAUCUGGUUCCAGAACAGGAGGAUGAAAUGGAAAAAGGAGAGCAACCUCUCAUCUACCCUUCCUGGUGGCACUGGGGCAGCGGCUGACAGUUUAGCCGAGGGUAAGGAGGAAAAGCAAGAGGACUCAGAGGGACAAGGCAAAGAGUGAAUGGAGAGACACCCCACUAAGGCUUCCUCUUCCCCCCUGCGCAAGUCUGCUCCCCUCCUCCCUCAAGCUGGCACAAUUGAUUUGGCUGGGCUGCAUUAAAAACAAACAGAUAUUUCUAGCCACAUUUAUCCAGAGCCAGACGUGGACUAUUCAUCCAGGGGCUGCCUCCCUGCCAUGUACUAGACUUGGUUAUUGCCUACUCUCAGUCUCUGCGUUAUUCCUGUAACUCUGAAUAAAGACUGGGUUCAACAGCCACACAUUUCCUUGUAUAGAAACAUUGCCUGCAAACUAAAGGGUCAGACCCCGACAGACUUUGCCUGCGCGUGUGUUUUGGACUAUGGACCUUGCACAAUUCCCAUGUCAAGAAAUUCCAAGCUGCUCCCAAGUUCUCCUCCGUCCCCUUCACCCUUUAAGCUGCGGCCAAGAGAAAUCUAGCAUUCCCUUGUGCAGAAAGUCCUGACUGUAUCUAAAACCACACUCUGGGCCAUCAUCUUCCAUACUGUGACAGUUACCUUGUGAACCUCAGUUGUUUUUGCCAUUGUGUCCGGUGGUAUCAGUAUUUUAUUUAUGGUAGCGCUGCAGUGUUCAUUUGUAGUCAGUAAAUGAAGUUUCAUAGCAGUUAAAAAAAAUGGUUACAUCUUGUGUUUCACUAUUAUGUAUAAAGUUCACGUCCUAUGGACAAAGUGUUGAGUAUUUAAUAAAACUGAUAUUAUUUUUAA